AUGCUCCAAACUGGCAAGGAGAUGGAAAAGGGAAAUCACUCGGAGGCGACUGAGUUCAUUCUCUCAGGACUGACAGAUCAUCCGGAGCUGCAGGUUCCACUGUUUGGGGUGUUCCUACUGAUUUAUGGUAUCACCCUGUUGGGGAAUGGGGGGAUGAUCUUGUUAAUCAGGAUUGAUCCCCGACUCCACACCCCCAUGUACUUUUUCCUCAGUAAUUUGUCUUUCUGUGACCUCUGCUUAUCCUCGAUAAUUUCCCCUAAGAUGCUGCUGAAUUUCUUAGCAGAGAGGAAAAGCAUUUCUUACUCUGCCUGCGCUGUGCAAUUGUAUCUCUUUGUCGCUUUUUCAGAUGUUGAGUGUCUCUUGCUGGCUGUGAUGGCAUAUGACCGUUACAUGGCCAUCUGUAAGCCGCUGCACUAUAUGGUCACCAUGUCCAGGCAGCUUUGUAAACAGCUGGUGGCUGGGGUGUUUGCUGUGGGAUUGGUGGAUUCAAUUAUAUACACGUGUUUUACAUUUCGGCUGUCAUACUGCAGCUCCAACAUCAUCAAUCAUUUCUUCUGUGAUAUUCCUCCACUGCUGGCGCUCUCCUGUUCUGACACCCACAUCAAUGAGAUUGUGAUGUUUACUUUAGUGUGCUGCAUUAUAGUGAGCAGCCUUGUAACUGUCCUCCUCUCCUAUGUCUAUAUCACCUCCACCAUCCUGCAGAUCCGCUCCGCCGAGGGGAGGCACAAAGCCUUCUCCACCUGCAGUUUUCACUUGACUGCUGUGGUCCUGCUUUUUGGCACCUUCCUCUUUACGUAUUUGCGUCCCACCUCCAGCUAUUCCAUGGACACAGACAAAGUAGCCUCAGUGUUUUACACAGUGGUUAUCCCCAUGUUGAACCCCCUCAUCUACAGCCUGAGGAACACGGAGGUGAAGGACGCCCUGAGGAAAACAAUGAAUAAACUCCUAACCAAUUCCUGA